AUGCAGAAUCCGGAAUCACAGAUAGGGCACAUGCCUAUGGUGCAACCGAAGAUGCCUGCCUCGUCGAGUCGUAUUCUUUACGAUAUCCCGUGCAAAGUUUGUCGAGAUCAUUCUUCGGGCAAACACUACGGUAUAUUCGCAUGCGACGGAUGUGCCGGUUUCUUCAAGAGAUCGAUACGGAAGAAUCGUCAGUACGUUUGCAAGGCAAAAUCUGAAGGCGGCUGUAUGGUGGACAAGACACAUCGGAACCAAUGUCGCGCCUGCCGUUUGGCAAAGUGUAUUCAAGCUGGUAUGAACAGAGAUGCUGUGCAACACGAACGUGGCCCACGAAACUCGACUCUACGAAGGCAGAUGGCCUUAUACUUUAAAGAACCCGAAAUGAUGGCCAACAUGGUGCCCCCACCAGCAGGAGCUUUGGAUCUGGCUUUGCCCAAACCACCGAAUGAAUCUCGAGUUUCUGUCACAGCGCCGGCCCCUCAUCAUCCCCUUCCACACCCUGUUUACUGCAACAACAUGGCUAUGUCGAAGAUUCCGGUCAGCGUAGCGGGUCUACCGUCCGUGUCACUGAUCCCAGCGAUAACCGCGGAGUCCAUCUGCGAGCAAGCUGCGAGGUUGCUGUUCCUGAACGUUCACUGGGCCCGAGAUCUAGCAGCUGGAACGAACCUGACCAUGGAGGAUCAGUUGACCCUGCUAGAGUCUUCCUGGAGAGAACUAUUCCUUCUCGCGGCUGCCCAAAUCUUGCCAGGGUUGGAUCCAACCCCUCUUCUGCCGCCGGGACCUCAGGGUCUCAGCAUAUCCAUCGAGGUGAAUCGGUUCAGAGAAACUCUGGCUGGUUUCCACGCGAUGAACCUCGAUCAGCACGAAUUCGCGUGCAUCCGAGCGAUCGUCCUGUUCAAAGCUGGUUUGGACAGCGAACCUUUGCCGAGCAGUCGAAGCAGCAACGGAUCGGUCUCUCCCGGCACAGGAAGUAGGCUCAAGGAUGCCGCAGCGGUGGCAAGAUUGAGAGACGGAGCGCAAUUGGCUCUUGGACAGAGGCUGAGCGGCGCGUCUUUCGGUGCUCUUAGGUUUGGAAAAUUGCUGAUGUUGCUUCCCAUGCUUCGUUCUGUUUCUGCUCACGCUAUUGAGGAACUGUUCUUCAGGAGGACCAUCGGCGUCAUUCCUAUCGAGAGGAUCAUCUGUGACAUGUACAAGGCUGCUUGA